GUUGUCUUCACAACAUGCAAUGACAUCAAGCCCACAUUCCAGCAGCAUCAUCUCUUUAUAACAUGAACAUUAAAGUGAAUCCUCUGGAUAUUCCCGAAAUCAUCCUGCUCAUUGGCGGCUUUCUCUCUCGAAAAGACCUUCUAAAUUGUAUCCGUGUCUCGAAGACUUUUCACGGUGCUCUUAUUGGGUUCAUAUGGAGAAAAAUCAUUAUAUCUUAUCGAGGACAUCCUACUGGUGAAGCCCUUCAGAAUAAUAAGAAAUACAUCGAGGAGAUAUUUUUUCAAGACUGCAUUCCCGAGGAAUAUACGACAUUACAUGGGUGUGAUCGCCUUCAAUUUAUCGCAAACGACACAUAUUCAUGCUCGCCACAGCAGGUUAAGUUUUCGGGCCUUCUCAGAGCCCACAACUCUACCAUAACCGGGGUUCGUUUGACUAGUAUUCAAUCUUCGCCAGAACUCUUUAAGCUACUGCUGGAAUGCAGCAACCUCAAGCAUCUAAAAUUAUCAAAGAUAAGCAUAAAUGAUGAAGUCGAUCUAUUCUUCCAAGUCUGCAAGAGACUUAGGCGCCUAGACUUGGAUAAUACGUCCAUACAUCAGCUACCUAUCGGCUUCCUAGAUAGUGAAACCAGCGAAUAUAUCCUCUCAAAUAUUCGCACAUUAAGUAUUGAUCAUGUCAACAUAGUCAACCCUCCGCACCCAUAUGCGUCACCGUAUUGCCUCGGCAUUUUGACAAGGAGAUGCCCAGGAUUGUGUACACUGAAAUUUUACGAGAGCAGCGAGAGCAAGUUAUCUAAGCAGCCAAGAUAUGACCAUUUCUACAAGGCAGCCUUCUUUCAGCAUUCCUGGACAUUGGGAAGCUUAUCUGAUUUGUCUAUCCCUCAGACGAGUCUGAAAGAUGAGGAGAUGGCAACACUUCUUGGACGGAUGACUACACUAAGACGGCUAUAUGCUCCACUAUGUGAGUUCGGCCAGCUCUCUCUGCAAGAAUUGCUAGCUGACAGGCAAGAAAUAUUGGAUAAUGGACACGUGGUGCAAAAGACAAGGCUUCGGAGACUCUGCGAAACAAUUGAGGAAUUGAAGUUCAAUUAUCGAAAUCCUAUUAUGGAUGGUGUUAUCCAAACUAUUUUAUCGAAUUGCCCACGCCUGGAGCAACUAGCGGGAGCUAAAAUCACUGUGACAGAGAUUGUUAAUGGCGCAGAAUGGGUUAGCACUAGACUGACUGAUCUGGCUAUCUAUCUCGAGGCAGACAUCAAUCAAGAGAGUACAGAGGGCAUGGAGAAGCAGCGCAUCGUGUUCAGACGGCUAGGAAAAUUGACCCAGCUACGUCAUCUUAAGCUAACAACGUGGAGCCCAAAGGAUACAAGGAAACGCACGUUGAACUUGAGACUAGGGGCAGGCCUAGAUGAACUGGCCAGCUUGAAGGUUUUGAGAACUCUAACUCUCAGUGGCGAUCUUUACCAGCGAAUGCAUCUCGAGGACGCGACAUGGAUUGUGAACAAUUGGCCAAGCAUUAAAUACUUGAAUGGUGGCGGUGAGGAAGCUCAAAUGAGAAAAAACCAUGGGAUAUAUAACUUGUUCAGGUCGCACAAUAUAGUAAUUUGCCAAUAGACGAAAACACUGUCGACUCACAACCUGAUGUAAGGGACAGGAUUCUUGAAUACGAGUCUUUUAGGCCUCAUCAACUUAUUGAUGAUCGAGAUACGACCUUGAUGUAUAUAGUGAUAAAAUAUACCUAUGGCAAUUGUAUUUACAAAGCAUUGCACACUGCCAAAGGCAUAGGGUUUCCCAAGUAAG